AUGUGUUUUGCUGACCGUGAUGGCGGAUGUGAGUUCACUGAAAGCGAUUCAAAGGGACCUAGGACAAAGUCAGUCAGCGGAAGGUUCACCCGGCGCUGUCAUAGUGCCUUAGAUCAUCUGAAGUGGCAGGCUCUACACUUGAAUAUGUAGUUAAAUCCCGUAUUCACUUUGCAUAAUAAUAUGCGGGGCGAGGAACCCGGAGGAAACGAGGCAGACGAGACAGCGCUGAUUGAAAUCCUUAUUAUUUCGUACGGCUAGCUAACUGGCUAGCUGGAUUAGCAUUCUCCGGCAACAUAACAAAGCAACGGUGAGAGCGAGCGGGCAGCAUCCCGGUCCGGGAGGGGGAGGGACCCGUGCAGGAUGAAAUUUACCGAACACCUUUCGGCGCAUAUUACCCCCGAAUGGAGGAAACAGUACAUUCAGUAUGAGGCCUUCAAAGAUAUGCUGUAUUCAGCUCAGGACCAGGCUCCAUCCAUUGAAGUCACAGAUGAAGACACUGUUAAAAGAUACUAUGCCAAGUUUGAAGAGAAGUUUUUUCAAGCUUGUGAAAAAGAAUUGGCAAAAAUCAACACUUUCUAUUCAGAGAAGCUUGCAGAGGCACAGAGGCGCUUCGCCACCCUUCAGAAUGAGCUGCAGUCGUCUCUGGAUGCUCAGAGAGAGGGCAGUGUGCCCGGUCUGCGUAGGCGGCACAAGACAGUGUUCCACCUGUCGCACGAGGAACGCGUCAAAUACCGCAACAUCAAAGACCUCCAGCUGGCCUUCAGCGAGUUCUACCUAAGCCUCAUCCUUCUGCAGAACUACCAGAAUCUCAAUUUCACUGGCUUCCGGAAAAUUCUGAAGAAACAUGAUAAGAUCCUGGAGACUCCUCGUGGGGCUGAUUGGAGAGUUGCUCACGUGGAGGUGGCCCCCUUCUACACCUGCAAGAAGAUCACACAGCUGAUCUCCGAGACCGAGACCUUGGUGACAACAGAAUUGGAGGGGGGAGAUCGGCAGAAAGCCAUGAAGAGACUGAGGGUUCCUCCGCUUGGCGCAGCACAGCCAGCCCCAUCUUGGACCACGUUCCGGGUCGGCCUGUUCUGCGGAGCGUUUUGCGUGCUCACAGUGGCCUUCAUUAUCAUUGGUACCAUGUUAACAGGAAAAGGGAAUGUGUGGCCGCUGGUGCGUAUCUAUCGGGGCGGAUUUCUGCUCAUCCAGUUCCUCUUCCUCCUGGGCAUCAACACCUACGGAUGGCGACAAGCUGGGGUUAAUCACGUACUGAUAUUUGAGCUGAACCCUCGUAAUAACCUGUCCCAUCAGCACCUUUUUGAGAUUGCAGGCUUCCUUGGGGUGUUGUGGUGUCUCAGUAUCCUCGCCUGCCUGAACUCGAAGUCCAUCUUGAUCCCCAUGCAAGUCAACCCACUCAUCCUUUAUGGCUUCAUGCUCUUGUUCCUCAUCAAUCCCUUCAAAACCUGCUACUACAAGUCCCGUUUCUGGCUGCUGAAACUGCUGUUCCGUGUCUUCACAGCACCCUUCCACAAGGUAGAAUUUGCAGACUUCUGGUUGGCUGACCAACUGAACUCUUUGGUGGUACUUCUGAUGGACCUGGAGUAUCUGGUGUGCUUCUACAGCUUUGAGCUUAACUGGACAGCACAGGAUGGCCUGCUUUCUUCCACAGCAGGUGGCACAUGCAACACAUAUUCGUAUGGUGUCCGCGCUGUGAUCCAGUGUCUGCCAGCCUGGAUCCGCUUUGUGCAAUGCCUGCGGCGUUACCGCGACACCAAACGGGCUUUCCCCCACCUUGUCAAUGCGGGAAAGUACUCCACCACCUUCUUUGUGGUGACUUUUGCCGCACUCUACCAAACCCACAAAGGUAAGAAUGAAAUGCAGCAUGAAGAUCCAGGCCAGUGUGCCAAUGAGGACUGACCUGAUCUUGAAACA